UUGCAGGGAGAGCCUUCGCCCGAACCAACCCCUGACCUCCUGCCUCGCCUGUGUCACCUCGUGAAGGGAGACAGCGGCUAUGGCUUCAAUCUCCACAGCAAAAAGAAGAGAACAGGGCAGUUUGUGCGAUCUGUAGACCCUGGCAGUCCAGCCGAACAAGCUGACAUUCGGCCAAGAGACAGGAUAGUAGAGGUAAAUGGGUUGAAUGUAGAGGGGCUCAAACACUCGGAGGUGGUGGCUUUUAUCCGAGCUGGGGGAGACGAAGUGCAGCUGCUUGUGGUGGAUCCAGAGACUGAUGAACUCUUUCAGCGCCUGGGAAUCACACCUACAACCAGCCACGUCAAAGAGGUCUAUGUGGAUGAAGUUUCCACUGAAAGCAUCCCCCAAACUCCAUCUCCAACUAUCGGCCUCAUGUCAUCCCACCCCCCGAUUAUAAACGUCACUCUCACGGACGGCUCCAUCAGCCCAAAAUCCUCCCCUAAAUCUCGGGCCAACGGGAGCACCGCGUCCCAGUCAUCUAGAAGCUCCACCACUCAGUCCGAGAUCAGCAGCUCCGAUAUGAGCAUUCAGGUCCCAGAUGAGGAUGACAGGUGUGUGUCAGACCCCUUUGCAGAGGGCGGCCUGCGCUUGAGUCCCACAGCAGCGGAGGCCAGGAAGAAGGCCCUGGCCAGUCGUAACAACAAGAGACCUCCUCCAAUGGACUGGAGUAAGAAAAAAGAGAUAUUCAGUAACUUCUGAACCCAUGAAACUACAGUAUGGACAUAUAAAGUACAUAAUUUGAAGUAGGAUGGGUAUGGAAUGAUCUGGACAUUGGGGUUGAAGUUACAGGAGAGAUUCUCAGAUGAAGAACAGGGCUUAUGGGUUAUGAGUGAGUAAUAGAGUCUGCACUUUCCCUUUUUUUGUGUCUGAUACAGUAUCAAC